AUGCCUGUACUGAUAAUACCGUAUUUUAGGAAUGAAUCCACAAUUGUAUAUUGUCAAAAUGUAACAGCUGGUGACAUAGCACAGCAGUACUUGCCUACAAGUCAAGUUUCUAGUGUUGAAGACGAAAGUGAUGAAAAUGACUCUUCAGAAGUUUUAGAAAAUGAGAUUAGAAGCGGUAGAAUUGACAGGCAUCAAACAAGUCAGGAAGGCAGUUCUGAAAAUACAUUUAAAGAAUUGUUUAUGUCAGGUUAGAAUUUUUAGAUUUUUUAGUGGUGUAUUAUUCUAUAAGGAGUACAAAUAUACAGCGAUAUUUGGACAGUUUGUUAUUUGGUUUAGUUUGUUACAAGCUUAUUUGGUUAGCCCAUCAAAUUUGUUGCAUGAAUUCGUUGUUUGUAUUUGACUCGACAAACGAAAUGUAUAAAUGGGUACAAAAUUAAUGUAUAAAUUACGAAAUUAUUCAAAUUUAUUUGUCCUUCCCUCAAACGUAUAAUCCUAUACAAUACUCAUUACAACUUUACAACAGAGGGACAUUUUUCCAUUUUAAAGGUGUUUAUUUGAAGAACAAAAUAAACAAUGUCCAGCCAGAGCAGAGCAAAUGGCCCCCUAGAAGUAAAGACCUAAUUAAGACUAAUAUGGUACCAGUUGAACUAUUCAACCAUAUUGCGCAUAUUACUGGAGCUGUAUCCGACGACGAGUACACCAAUGUAACUAAUGAUAGAUGUGUUGAUAUUGCUGAAGAGUUUGUCCCAAAGGUAAAUGCAAUUUGCCAAGACAUCGUUUAUGUUUCCUCGAAAGGCAGAAAGCAGACCCCAAAGUCGCUUGCUCUUGGUCUUACUGUGAGACACAUGACGGGUUCAACUCAUCUGCUUCAAAUAUUAGCAAAGUUUGGUCAUUGUGCAUCCUCUGACACAAUUCUUUCGUACGAGACUGCCUUGGCAAAGUAUAGAGUCUCACAAGCUGGUAAAGUACCAGAAGGCUUUAAGGUAGGUAGCAUCCCAACUGUUGUGUGGGACAACAUUGAUUUCAAUGAAGAAACGUCUUCUGGCAAAGGUACCACCCAUCAUACAAAUGGUAUAUUGAUCCAGACAUGUGAAGAUGAAGCAACUGAUCAACCACAAGAAGUUAAUGUUCCAAUCAUUAAGAAAGGGGUUAGAGUUUUCACUCAAGCAGAGGAAUGUGCCAAACAUUCCCGCUCAUUGGAAAGACCUUCUCUCCAAAGCAAAGGUCAGGGAUUUCAUGUUUAUAAUGGCUCGUAUGUAUGGUGGAGAUGA